AUGUCUGGCCUCACAACGGGCAGUCUUUCGUGUCCAGGAACAGGAUCGAUGACCCUUGUAGGACAUUGGGGGCGCUGUUACCUCCUCACCGAGCGCAGGUCGCUGCCCUGUGGUCUAACAGAGCAUGUAUUCAGACCCGCACCCUCAUCUUUGGCGGAUGCUGAAGAUGCAAGAAAAGCCACCUGCUUGAUGCUUGCUUGGCCUGGAGAUCGUUCUCCUCUUGGUCUGUGUCCCGUGGCGGCAGGCCUUGCAGGGAGGGGGGCGCAACAGUGGGGAGCAUCCGAAUGGAGUCCCACUUUCCAACCUUGGGGCUGCUGCAUCGGCCUCCCACAUGUGACCUCCCAGGCCCUGAUGCUGCUGCUUUUGAAGGGGGUGAGGCCUGAUGGGCAGGUCAAGUCAGUCCUUCAGGGAGGGGUCUACUCUCCCUUGCCCGGGGGUGGUGCCCGCCUUGGCCCUCCGCUUGCCCUUGUGCGCGUGCUCAGCUGCUGUGCUUGCCUUUUUUGGAGUGGGGAGAAGAAUGGGAUGACGUCGGAGGAAGGAAAAGACUGUCUUGCAUUCAUAGAGAGCACUUUAUGCUUUUCCUCGCCCUUGCAGAGUCUGGGUGGUCUCAGUGGGGGCUCAGGACAGUCAGCUCAAGACAGCCAAGUCAGGUAUUAUUAUGAUCAUUUUUAUCAUCAUCAUCUGUAUAAGACAAAUGACACAGCCAGUUAGUGAGAGGGCCAGGACUGGAAGCCAGGGUAUCGGUUUUCCUAGCUCCCCUGUCAGAGGCCAGAUCUGGAGUAGUGGGAAGAGGAGGCAGGGGGCAGGUCUUGUCCCUUGCCAGGCCUCUGCCCCUUGCCAGGCCUCUGCCCCCUGUAUCUCUGCUUCUGCCUCAGCUGUCCUGGGUGAAGUGGGAGGCACCUAGCAUUUAGCAGGUGAUUCUCCCACCCUGCCCUGGCUCUAUGGCUCAUAGCCAGUGGCUUGGAGAGGCAGGGCCAGAUCUCAGGAGUGGAGGGCAACCUCUUCCCUGGCUUCUAAAAGAAUCCAGAGCCCAGUGGGGCUCGUGUCCCAUUCCAGGUUCCAGCAUGCCUUGCCUCUGCUUGCUCGGGCUGCCUACGCACUAGCUACAUACACCUCUAGCUUCAUGUUUCAUGUUGGAGUGUGGGGAGAAAACUGGGUUCUUAGCAUUAGAGAGGGAAGUGGCAGGUGGCAGAUACAAGCUUAGCUCUGACCUGGGUGCACCUCAGCUCUGUGUCCUUUUUUUUCCCUGACCUGAAGCUGACCCCAGCAGAAGUCCCCCAGCCACCCCUCCACCCAACAAUCCCCCACCCUCCCAUCCUGCCCCCAGCCAUAGUGGGAGCUGGGAGGAUUGCAGCAUCCAGUGCCUUCCAAGGCUGUUCCUGGAGCGCUGCUUGUAAACCCAAGCCAAGCUUUGUUCCACGUAGGGAGAAUGGAAGGUGACUGCAAUGUCCCUGUGCCUUUGGCUCCAUCUCCCCAUUCUGUGGUUCUUUGGGGGUUCCUGCUUCCCUCAAACUGAACACUCUCCUGUCCAACAGCCCGAUGGCUUAAUUAUUGCCUGGAAUUGCCCGGCCUCCGAUGCUGGAAUCAAAGAUUGCCUUCCGAAGUAUUUUUGUUAAGAUGGCAAUAAAAAGAAAUCAAUCUCACUCUUUGAACACA